AUGAUUGGCCGACAAGUUGUAUUCACCGUCGAGCCUAAGGACGUACAGACAGUUCUGGCUCUUAAGUUUAAGGACUUUGAACUGGGUGAUUACCGGAACAAAGCGAUGCGUCCACUCUUGGGAUAUGGCAUCUUCGCUACCGAGGACCUCUUCUUCCGAAUGACCCUAGACUCGGCAACGGAGUUUCUGUUUGGAGAAUCUGUUCAUUCUCUGAAUGAUAGUGUUCCGCUGUCAGCUUCGUCCUUCGCAAAGGUCUUCAAUAAAUCUCAAAAGGGUCUGGCACUCCGCAGCCGAUUGGGAUCUCUGAUGGGCUUGCACUACGACAAGGAUUUCUCGAAGGCAGUGGUAAAUACUCGGGCUUACGUCGACUGGUUUGUUCAAAAGGCGAUAGACUAUCGAAUGGCAUUGGACAGCGGUAAUGACGGGUUACAAAAGCCCCAUGAGGUUGACCAGCAAUACGUGUUCUUGUACCAGUUGUCCAAGUGA